CUUGACAUCUGGAUUCCCAUCCGCAUCUUCAACCUCAAUUCUACCAAAUCAAUCAACGGCAAACGACCCCCACCAUGCCUGGAAAAGCGAGCGAUUGGGACAACGCCGACUUCCUCCUUGAUCUCGUCGUUGGCCUCUACACUGGCGCUCAGGUCAACGGGGGCUUGACUCCUCCCGUCAAGCAGUCUAUUGAAGAGUAUAUCAAUGGGCGCGGAUAUACCACCUCUUUUGACGCUGUGCGCCAGCACGUCCAAAAGCUGCGCAAGAACCGCGACACCACCGCCAUCCAGAACUCUGGUGGCUCCGAGACUGGUACUCCUCGUAAGCGCGCUUCUAGCACCAAGACUCCUGCCAAGCGUACUCCUAAGCGCAAGGCCACCAAGUCGGCUUCCAUCGUCGACGAGGACGAGGAUCUUGAGGAUGAGAAGAUGCAGCUGAAGAUGGAGACGGACGACAUGGAUGAGGAACUCAUGUCCCCCAAAGGCGUCAAGCGUACCAAGUCCGAGCCCGAGGACGAGGUCACCGUUGGUGAGGCCUAGGUCAUAAUUUCUUCUACCUUGCUAGCUUCCACGGCCAAGGGGGUUGGAAGUUGAGCCUUCGACAGCUGAUGAACAUUGGAGUGGUGAUCAACAGGCUCAUGCCUAUCGCAGAGAAAUAGGGGUAAAACUAGGCAAGGAUGGUUUCCAUGUGCCUUGGAUGUUACGACGAGAGAUUUGCCAUUUGAGGGCAAUAUUACGAGCAUGUCUCUGCGAUGAAUUGAAAGAUACCACCCG